AUGACUGAGUUAACCACUGCGCAGAGCCUGAAACAGUCGGUUAGGCAGUUUGGUCUUCGGGCGUCGGACACAUGGAAGCUGGCGGGCGCAAAGACCUCACGCUCGGACACCAAGCUGCUGGAUGUUGCAUUAGUGAAGGCCACCACCCCCCAAACCCGGGUCCCUCCAAAGGAGAAACAUGUCAGAACCCUGAAGCUGGCUGUCAGCGGCGGGGGUGGCAGCGGCUCCGCCAGCUACGUGGUGUCCCACCUCCUUCAGCGCCUGCACAACGCCUCUGACUGGCUGACAGCGCUCAAGUCGCUGAUCACCAUCCACCGCCUGAUGGCCGAGACGGAUGAGGGUGGCCGGUUUGACUUCUCAGAGUUUGUGCGCGCCUACGGCAAGUACCUGGACGAGCAGCUGCGGCUGUACGCCGCCGCAGCGCUGGACGCCGUGGUGCGCGAGUCUUUCCAGCUGUACAAGGCGCUGAGCGAGGGUGUCAUCAACCUGGCGGACGCCUACUUCUCCAUGCCCUACUUGCAAGCAGUUAAGGGGCUGGAGAUCUACCGCGAGGCCAGCGCAGGCACCGACGCGCUCAGCGCCUUUUACGCUGCCGUGGGGCAGCUGGGCGGCGUGGGCGCCGCGCGCUCCCUGCCCAGUCUCACCCCGCCGCCCGCCGACUUCGUGGCCAGCAUGGAGGAGUACCUGGCCGAGGCGCCGCGGCCGGAGGGCGAGGCUGCGCUGCCCAAGGUGAGGAGCGGGCCCCUGCGCAAGGGCCGCCUGGCACACUCCGCCUCCGGGAGAGCCGGCGAGGGCGGCGCCGCGUCCCACCCCCGCACGCUGUCCAGCGACCCGGGCAUGGUCCUGGCCCCCAGCCAGGAGCCCGCGGGGGGGGAGGAGGGCCCGGAUGGCGGCUCUGGCGGGGGCCUGGCGUCCCCGGGGGGGGCGCCAGGCUCCCCCGGCGCCAGCACGGGACCGCCGCGCGAGCGAGACCUGCUGGGCAGCGCCCCCGGGACCCCGGCACGGACCCCGGCGCACGCGGCGCCCUCCCCGCUGGACCUGCUGGGGGGCCUGACGCUCGAGGGACUGGACGUCGCCCCGCCCGCCGCGCCCGGCGGCGCACAGGCCCCGCCCCACGCGUCGGCCAACCCCUUUGCCGGGCCGGACCCCUUUGCUGCCUACGGGGCGGAGCCGGCCCACGGCCAGCCGACCCGCGGCGCAGACCCGUUUGCGCUGCCCGGCGCGCAGCACGCCUUUGGUUUCGGCGCCCAGGGCAACGGCGCGCCGACGUCCAGCCCUGCCGUGCUUUCCCCGGGGGGCACCGCGCGCUGGACCCAAGGCGCCGCGGGCACGCCGCAGGGCGGCGGCGAGGACCUGGUGAGGGCGGCGGGCGCGAGGGACCCUUUUGCCACGCUGGCCGCGCUGUCGCCGGGGUCCUCGGGCAGGAUGCCCUCCCCGGGAGGAGGCCUGCUCUGA